UAUUUCCGUUUAUCUAUUAGGUCUCCACCGCAAAUCCCCGAAGUCAUCCUGCCCGAGGAUAUUUUCCUGGGUGUGGCUUCUGCCCUUAGGAUCGAAUUGAACAGGGCAUUUGCAAUCCUUCGAGAUAUCUCAUCUGGCAAAGAUCUGAAGAAGUUCCUCAUGGCAAUUGCUGGCCUCUGGGUACUUUCAAUUCUGGGAAAUUGCUGUAACUUCCUGACCUUGUUAUUCGUAUGUUUUGUUUUGUUGCACUCAGUGCCUGUGCUCUAUGAAACAUACGAGGACCAGGUUGAUGCUUUUGCUGAGAAAGCCGAGGCUGAGAUCAAGAAGCAGUAUGCUGUGUUCAAUGUCAAGGUAUUGAGUAAAAUUCCCAAAGGCCCACUGAAAACCAUGAAGCUGGCUUAAUCCUGCUGAUGUGAUGUUACUAGGUUUUUACAUUUACACGUUGGCUGUCUGUGUUUCUUACUUUGUUAUUGUGACUCAUUCAUGUGAUAGUAGUUUGAUUUUGACUAUUUUUAGGUUCGUAAUUUAAAAAAGAAAUCGGCAUUUUGUGAGGCAGUUUUGAGUUUUUGAUAUUGCAGCAAAAGUUCCAUACUGCUCGUGGGGAAAUGGCUUGGCUAUGCUUGAGAGUAAAUCAUACUUUGGAAUUCAUUAUUCAAUAGUCAUGUUUCUUUU